CGCGACAUUGACGGUGAACAACAGAGGCGGAAAAGCGCGUGAAAGUCCAAAGAAAAGUGUUUUGGUGGAAAAUAGAUUGCCAUAGAUCAAAGCCUCGAAAAGCAAACAAAGUGCGAACUGAUAGCACACAAAACAAACCUGAUAAAGUGCUACAAAAAAAAGGUAAUAAAAGCGGAAUACAGGGAGGAGCUCAGAGGACUGCAAUAAGGAGAAGGAGUUGGGUCAUCGCAACAUGUUGACCCUGUGGACGGCACUUUUUUGCUGCCUGACGGGGCUAGCCGUGUGCUACCAGCGGCAAUCCGUGAGCAACAACAAUCACAAUAACGCCGAGGCGAAGCCCACACACUCUCCGCCAUCGCAUUAUCCGCACGGCCACAAAUGGAAUGAGCCGUACUUUGAUCUCACGAUGCCCAGGAACAUCACAUCGCUGGUGGGCAAAUCCGCAUAUCUUGGCUGUCGCGUCAAGCAUCUGGGCAAUAAGACGGUUGCCUGGAUACGACACCGUGACCUGCACAUCCUCACCGUGGGCACGUACACCUACACAACGGAUCAGCGGUUCCAGACCUCCUAUCACCGGGACAUUGACGAGUGGACCCUGCAGAUCAAGUGGGCCCAGCAAAGGGAUGCCGGGGUGUACGAGUGCCAAAUAUCCACGCAGCCGGUGCGAAGUUAUUCGGUUAAUUUGAAUAUCGUGGAUCUGAUUGACGCCGAGACGAGUAACAUGAUGCAGCAGUAUUAUAAUGACGACGCCUUCUAUAUAGCCGCCGAUCGGGUGUACCAGUCCAGCGAUGACGAGUUUGCCGGAAUGUUUGGCCCCAUUCAGACAGUGGCUGUGCCCACGGCCACCAUUUUGGGAGGUCCUGAUUUAUACGUGGACAAGGGCAGCACUAUAAAUCUCACUUGCAUCAUCAAGUUCAGCCCGGAGCCGCCGACCCAUAUCUUCUGGUAUCAUCAGGAUAAGGUGCUCAGCGAGGAAACCUCCGGCGGUCGGCUGAAAUUCAAAACCAUCAAGUCGGAGGAGACCAAGUCCAUUCUGCUCAUCUACGACGCGGAUCUCCUGCACUCUGGCAAAUACUCGUGCUAUCCAUCGAACACGGAGAUAGCCAGCAUACGCGUCCAUGUCCUUCAGGGCGAGCGACCGGAGGCGAUGCAAACGAACGCGGCGCCGGCAGCCGUUGCCUUGGCGUCCUGUUGGUCCUGUCAGGCGGUCAGGGUAAUUAGCACAAUGGUGGCGGCCCUCGUAUUGUUGGAGGCCUGCUCCACGCUGCUCCUGCAGGGAUGUGGAGGUGGAGGAGGUCGUCAGGAAGACAGGCUGCGACCAAGUGACCCCAAGGAGCCGCAACCCAACUGCGUACCCUCCUCCUCCUCCACCUCCUCCUCGGUCGUCGGUGUCAAUAAUGGCAGCCGGAUUGCACGGUGAUAAAUUAAUGUCGCCCUGCUGGAAUUCCACCGCCAAUGCAGCUGCAGCCCCCAAAAUGCAGCACAAAUGAUUUAUAGCCCAAGUUAAGAGGGGGGAAGGCAGCUAGCCACCUUUCCGGUAAAAAAUACCAACUAAUUAUGCUAACGAAGGGGAGAGAGGAAGCUGCUGCUCCGUCUGCUGCUGCUGUGCUGCUCCCUCGUAAGUUGUAAGUAAGCGUGUUUCUAAUUAAGUGGGCUGGGGAUUAGUUAGUUAGGCGGAAAUCAGAGCCAUGUACAUAAACUUCUCACGUAAAUUGCGCCCGGCUCAGUGGCGAACUUGGCUAACUGGAGGGCGCUUUCAAGGAAUCAUCAAGUUGAAGGAGAACUAUACUCGAGUGGUUUGCUGCUAGAGCCAGGCCUAGUUGGUUAACAAAAUAUUGAAAUUUAAAGUGUAAAAGGGGAGUAGGAAAAUACCUGUAGAUUUUAAAGCAAUUAUUUAUGCAAGGAAAUAAUUUAUUCCGGAGGGUAAAGCCAGGAAGAUGAUUCCACAAAACCCGUUUGUAUAUAAAGGACUCUUUAAAUAAUAUUUUAAAAUCUCCAGAUAUUUCCUAAAUCCUCCUCUUAGCCUAGCAAAAUAGUUAUAUUAUGUAGCGAAAGUUUACUCAGAUUGUUGUACAUAUUAAGGAUUCGUGUGUUUGUCCUGUAUAGCCUAGAGCCUAAGCCUUGUAAAUAUACCUAACCCGUUUCCAAACGAACUUCUUUGAAGGUUCCUAAACAAAUUUUUAACACUUUGCCUUGAGAAAUUCCAGUCAGAAACGAGCCAACAACAAUUUAUUUAAAAGUAUUUUUUCCCCCAAGUCAUGUGGUGGCAGUUCCUGUUUUCCGAAAUGGGUUCGAUGCUCCUAGGGAAAUUUAGAGCUACCAUUUCGGCAUGUCCGGUUGCAUUUCCCCCACUCCUCCUGAAACCCAUUUUCCCCAACUGGCAAGUCACUUUUCACUCUUGUCAACAAAAUAUUUGCAUUUCCAUGUGCCGGGCCAGGACUACGACUCUUUCGUCCUGUGCCACAUUUAAAAAUGUAUGGCCACUGUCUGGUGGGGGGGCCCAGAGUUUAACUGAUCAAAAUUGUAAAUAAACCAGCAUAUAUGCCAUAUGAAUAAACUAUAACAAGUACUCGAGUAUUUAUGUGGUAGUCAUGAACAUUUAUAGGCAUUUAUAUAUAU